UUCGUAAAAAAAACACUCAGUCCCGACAGAUUGUCGUCACCAGCGUUGCUUUCGAUAGAAAAAUAGUUUCUAAAAAUCUAAAUCUAAAAGAACGGAAACCAAACUAAUAACCUAAUAAAUACAGUAAUUUAAAUGCUUAAUUGGGACAGUAGCAGGAAAGGAAUUUAACAAUAUUUGAUAUAUUUCAUGGAUCUUCCGAAAAUAUGCAAUUCUAAGGUUUAACGGUUGGCAGACAGACAAAGCAAUUAUUUCUUUCGCUUGAACAGUUUGGUGUUUGCUGCAUGUGGUCAGCAUAGCAACAUUGUCACACCUUGAACCCACUCAUUAAGCACAAUUAACGAAAAUAGAUUCUAAACCCUUCCUUUUCUUAGCAAGACAAAAACAUUUGUACAAAGAUUACUGCUUUAUAAUUAUUUUCUUUACAUAGAAAUAUUAAAUUUUUCUUUUAAUCACAAAAGACACAGUCUGUCCAAAAAUUAUUUUUUGAAACCACCAUUUAUUCUGAUCAUGUGUUCCAGAACACCAUCGACAACCCGACCUUUCUUUGUAGGCUACUAUGUCAUCAGGCUAAAACAUUCUUUUAAAAAACACACAAAAAUAUCCAAUUAAAAGUAAAGAAUUGGAACUGGCGGCCUUACAGACGUCCUGAACUUGCAUCCUUUCCAGUUAGGGAAUUUCAGUCCUUUAUAUUUACUUGAUAAAUGCGCUGUUAAAUGUAAAUUUUGGCCUUAUCCCUCUGGUGACGAAUUACUUCUAAAAAAGUUUUGUUUGUAGAAUUUCGCCGGAUGAUUAUUUAUUUUAAUCACAAAUUAAAUUUUUCAAUACAUAAAAAUAAACUUAUAUUAGUGUGAGACGAACGGAAUGCGAGCUGAUUACAUCGGCUCAAUUCCUUCCUCUCAUCCCAUAAUUUAUUAUUGAUUCUUUUCAAAUUGCGAUAUUUUCCGUCUAGAAUCGAUCUGUUUCUUGUUAUAAAAAAUCCAUUUAUUUAUUACGUCGGUUAGUUGGAGAAAUCUACCGACAAUGAAAUAAAACAAAGGUUGGAAUAUCAGUCAGUUACCCUGCGUUUCUUUAUGAAACGAGAGUGUAGCGAAAUGACGUCACGAGCAGUGUUGGCCAAUUAGAAACCAGUUUCAGUGUGUUCGCUGUAAAGCGCUUGUCGAGCGCUGCAUAAAGAAAUCGAGAUCAGCAGUUGUACAGGCAUUCCUCCACGGGUAGUUUCCUAUAAAGCUGCUAGUUGGAAUAUUUGAAGUCCAAUUUGCUAUUGCAAAGUUUUUAACUAUCCGAAUUUUGAUUUGUGCCUUGUUUCAAGUUUAUCAUUUAGAUAAAAAAUUUCCAAAUGUCUUCAACAAGAAGAAUUAGAGAUACGGAACUGCCAACCUACUUUGAUGAGUUGUCAGACUCAGACAUUGAGUCUGACAGUGACAGUCAAAGUAGUUUUAAGAUUUCGGAAUACGAGAAUUCUUAUUCUGAUUAUGACUCAGAAGAUGCCGAGGAGCUUUCAACCAUAGCUGUAGCCUCCACACCAUCUGCUGGACCAUCCACAUCAUCUGCUGGACCCUCCUCUCUUCAGCUUUCUGAUGACGAGUUGGAAGAUGAGGUGUAUCUUGAGGUUCUGCCACCAGAACAAUCUCUACCCACUCCUUUCCCUUUCAAAGAACUAUGUGGCCCCAAACACAUGCCUCCUUCUGAUUCUCAUCCUGUAGAAUAUUUUAACCUUUUUUUCACUUUUACCUUACUUUCUCUUAUGGUGACGGAAACUAAUAGGUAUGCCAAGCAAGUCAUAAAUGGCAUGGGGAAGAAUGUUCCCAAAUAUCUGAAGACAUGGAAACCAGUCACUAUUAAAGAUAUAAAGGGGUUUUUGGCUAUUGUUUUUGCAAUGGGAAUUGACAAAAGACCUAAAAUAUCGGAUUACUGGUGCAAUCGUCCUCCGUACGUAUCUACGUGGUAUGCGGAAAUUUGUAGUAGGGACCGCUAUUAUCACUUGCUUCGAUUCUUCCAUCUCGUAGAUAGUAGUAAGUUGCCUGGCCCAGGGAAAUUAGGUUAUAAUGCCUCUGCAAGGUAUCAACCUUUGGAGGAUCACGCGAACAGGGUGUUCAGACAUCACUAUACCCCACACCAACAAAUAUGCGUCGAUGAAUCACUAGUAGGUACCAAGUGCCAUAAUCCGAACAUUCAGUAUCUUCCCGAGAAAAAACAUCACAAGUGGGGAAUCAAACUUUGGAUGUUGUGCGAUUCUGUUUCACACUAUUGCCUGGGCUUCUUCACUUACAAAGGGGCCAAGACCCAGGCAGAGAAGUACAGUAUCUCAAAGUUUGGUUUGGGAUAUACUGUUGUCAGGAAGCUAAUGACACUUGGGAACUACAAUAACAAGGGUUAUCAUGUGUUCAUCGACAAUUAUUUUACGUCGGUACCCCUUGUUCGUGACCUAUAUUCCGAUGGGACUUACUGCACUGGAACAGUGCGAGCAGUCAGAAAACAAUUACCUCUUGGCUUCAAAGAGAGAUUCACUGUAGGCCAGAUCUCAUAUUUCAGAUCUGGCCCCAUAUUGGCUUGUGCGUUCAGGGAACGUGAAAAUAUUCCACAACCUGUUUAUCUUUUAUCCAGCUACGCAAGGGCACACAACAUCCAAAUUGUUAAACACAGGGUGGAGAAAGUAAAGCCACAAGUAGUUUUAUCAUAUAACAAAUUUAUGGGGGGAGUCGAUACGCAUGAUAUGAUGCUAUAUACGUAUUUGGAUGAAAGACGGAGCAGGAAAUGUUGGAAGAAGGUAGCUUUCAAUAUCAUGGCCAGGAUGAUGUUGAAUGCAUACAUUCUUUAUAAAGAAAAGUCUGGAAGCCGGAUGACCCACCAACGUUUCAUCCAAGAGGUAAUUGAAAGCCUGAAGAAAGAAUCAAAGGAGGAGACCAAACCUAUAUCCCACACACCCCCAGAUCCCAGAGGACCAUCAGGACUCCGAAAAUUGCCUGGUAGGCACCAAUACCGCUGUGUCGUGUGCAGCACUCCAAGUCAAAAAAGAACAUCGACAAGAGUGUGCACAAGAUGCGGGAAAGGACUUCAUGCGGAUUGCCUCAUCAGACAUCAGUGCUAGCAUUAAAGUUCUGGUCCUGAUUUCUGUUUCCAUCUUCUCAAAAAUAUAAAGUUACUUAGGCAAGGAUUUUAGACUCCUUCAUUUCCAUCAGGUGAUCAUGUUGUGAUGACUACAUUCCCAUUCAAAGGAACUCUCUCUGUUAUGAUAGUAAUUGCAACAAUGUAUCCAAAUCUAUGUCAAUAUCUCAAGGAAAAAAAUGUGUGCUGGUCCAGUCGUGGAAAUUUAUAAUAAAGAAGAAAUUUUCUUCUUUGCUCCUUUAGCUAAGCAAGAUGAAUUUUACAUUUCAGAAGCUUUAGAAGAAACCCCAUCUAACCAAGUUUAAUCAGACUCAGAUAUAUCAAAAAUAACAGAAAUAGAAGAAAACAUUUCAGAUAAGAGAGACAGUAUCACUUCCUUAGAUUUUUAUGGGAUUUACUAGUUAUUUCCCUCAAUAUUGUGAGCAUUUAAAUAUGCUAUAUUAUGUGAUAUUUAAAAUUGGAGAUUUUUUUAUAGCAUGAUCCCAUGUUACUUUCUCACUGUUACAUUUAUGCAAAAAGAUGUAGAAUCACUUCAAGAGAAUGAUACGCAUGAUCAGAAUUAAUUUUGGAAAGUAUUGCAAUCUGCCAGGCAAUUUAUGAUUCCUAUGAAAUUUUGGUGAAAUUUUCGAGGUUCUACAGUAGAACCUCGAAAACUCGGCUCUCGAUAACCCGGCCACACCCUGGCAGGGCAAAAAAAUCCUUAGUUAAUUAAUUUUCAUUAUAGACAGCUUUAUAAAAGUAUAAAAGCUC